AUGCAGUUUGACUGCUGCAAUGUUGUCAAGCAGAACAAAUACCAGGAAUACUUGAAGCUAAAAGGAAGAGUCGAUGGGCUACAGCGUUCACAAAGGAAUCUUCUUGGGGAGGAUUUAGGGAAUUUGGACACAAAGGAGCUUGACCAGCUUGAGAAUCAGCUUGACUCGUCACUGAAGCAAAUCAGGUGUAGAAAGCUGCCUGGCCGGGAUGUUGAACCAGAAACCUCUGCAUUUACUCAUUUCAUGAUCUUGCAUCUUGCAGAACUUGCAAUUUCACACACACAUGUGGUGCAUGCACAAACAGUAGCCCACAUGCUGGAUAUACAGUUGGAAGAAACUACCGUAGCAAUUCGAUCGCCAUGGAAAGUUGGACAGCAACGUGUUCCAUACAGCUGCCAACCCGCUCAGCCAGAUGAUUUUGUCGACCCUUUGCAAUACAGUAGUAGUUUGCAGAUUGGCUACGAUCCAGUGGAAACAGAUCAAGUGACUCUUACAAACACAAGUCAAAAUGUCAAUGGAUUCAUUCCAGGGUGGAUGCAAUAA